CACCUCCGCCUCACAUCACACCGGCCAACAACCGCCGCCUUCCGAGCAUCGCGUCCCGGGGCGGCGUUAGGAGGGGCUCCGGGACAGCAGCGCUCGCCCGUGCCGUGCCCGCACCUCCUUCCCCCCUUCGCUUCGCUUCCUCCGCGCCGCCGCGGCCAUUGGCUCCCGCCCGCGCCGCGUCCUGACGCUGGGGCUGGGCCGGCCCCGGCGAUGGUCGCUCUCCGCCGGCAGCGCCGCAUCCCCCGCAGGCGGCUCCGCGAAGGCCCCCGCGCUUCUCUCUUCCGAAGGUUUCAGGGCAAAAUCGUGAGGCGCUGCAGAAACAAAUACCCAGGAACACACUCCGCUGGGGACAGUGGGGAUCGUUCUGAGUGGUGUUCUUCACAAAACAGACAUGGAGCACUCACGGAGGGUGUUCCACCAAUGAGAUUUUUAGGCUUUCCCACCAGUGGGGAUGAGCAGCCUGGUGGAGCCGGGUGGAUGAUUUCUUUUAACGGAGCCGUUUUGCUUUUUGGAUGGACCAGCAUCCCGACCUUUCUGCACACGCUGCGCCGAGCUCUGCGAGGUGAGGGUUGACUCUGUGCUCUGUUUGCAUUAAGGAUGAGGUUGUCUUGUAAAUUAGUUGCCUCAAAUUGCAGCUGAGGACUUUGGUGUAAGAGCAGUGCUCGGCACGCACGGGAGCGGAGCAUCGCUCUGCAGCUGGGAUGCAGAUGGAGUGGCAAAGUGGCUGCUUCACCCACAGCCUUCAUCUCUUGAAAGUGCAUUUUGCUAAUCCUUCAUUAGGCUCUCAUUGUGAGCUCGUUAUCCUGUUAGGGCUUAGGGCUGUGCAGGCGUUUGGCCCAGCUCUGCUUCGGCACCCAGGUCUGCAGGGAGGUUGCAAAAAGCAAAGCAAAGCCUUGUACACCCACACAUGCCCACGUGUGUGUGCAAACCAGGAAGCAAGCUCGGAAGGGAUGAGCCAGUACUCGGAGACAGGCUCAGCUUUAUCUGGUUGAAAAUGAAAACCGUUGUGGCUAGUGAGAGGGUACAGGUUCCUGGCUUUUUUUUUCCCCCAAAAUAAAUGGUGGGAUUUCUUUUGCCCUCUUGAUUCUUUUUGCUGUGGAAUGUGGAUUUGGGGGCUGAACGUUGCUGCUUUCCUUCUGCCCUCUGCCAAGGGAGGUGCUGGGCUGUGUGUCCUUGGCCCCUUCUGACGCUCAGCUGAUAAAAAUGAGCCUAAAAAUACGAAAAGCCUCAAUGUGCCUGGCAGCAAAAGCCCAACCUGAGGGUGCCUUGUGCUGUGCUGCUGCAGCCCGACCUCGUGCCCUGUGCAGUCCUGGAAGGAGGUGGUGGCUUUACUGAAGGAGCACCUGGGGAUGGGACUGGGAAAGGAAUGCCAUUUCCAAGUGGAUACAGAGCAAAUGCAGCCCUUCUGUAUGCUGUAAUACAUGGAGCUGGGCUCUGUGAAACCUUCUGCUUCAGUGGAUUUCUGUUCUCAUGGACUGCAGUGCAGUUUCCGUGCAAGGGAGUAGCAGGAUCACAUCCCCCCUGCCACAGAAAAGAAUGCAAUGUAAGUAGGAGUGAAGGAAGGGGCCAAGAACAGAGAACUCAAAGCGAAAAGAGUAUUUUUAAAAGACAAAAAUCCCUUCUUGGUGACCCAGAGAGUCGACCAUAGAGCAAAAUCCCCUCCAAAAAAGUUUCCACGCUCUCUGCUGUUGCUCCUCUGUGCUUUGUGCAGUAAUUGUGAGAAAGCAUUGGGAACUGAGGGGACCGAAGGGGUGUGCAUACAUUUUGUCAGCCGAAAAAAUGAUCAGAUGGAAAAGCAAAACAUUCCCAUUCGUUUCAAUCACCUUCUGGGUUGCACUGAUUUUAUUAUUUUUUUUUCCCCUUUCCCUCCAUCUUAAAUCCGAAUGUGAUGAUAUUUUUUUUUGUUUUUAAGCAGCCAGGACCUUGAAGUUCAUGUUUUAGGGGAAAAGCUGCGGCCCCGCUGAGGCUGAAUUGCAGAGACCUUCUGCUUUCUCUGUCGGUGUCCAUAAAAUCCCCCUCCUCCUCCAAAAUCCGUGCGUGGGUGCAGUGACGGCAGUGCCGGGGAAGCAGUGCUCAGAUCCCUGCAGGAGGAAGGAGUGGGUUUUAGGGUUGGGGGGAUGGGAUGUGGGAGCCGUGCUUGUGGAAUGGGAAAGGGUGGAAGUGGCAAAGCUUUGGUGGGAUCCAUCUCUGUCCUGCAUCCCUGCUACAUCCUGGGACUUGGGGCUGGGACCUGCAUUUCUGCCUCCAGGAUGGUUUUUUGGCUUUUGAGCUGGAAUUUUGGGGGCUGGGACCUGCACUUCUGGCUUUGGGCACCUCAGGGCUGAUGUUCAUCUCCUUGCAGGGCCAGCUGGAGCCUUGGUCCCCAGUUGAUUUUCCCUCCCCCCGGCUCCCAGUUGAUUUUCAGUUGCUUUGCUUUGGGGAAGCACGGAUUUUGCAGCACCACCAGUGUUCUGCUUGCACACCCACCCUGCAGUCAUUCAUCCUGGUUUGCAAGGUACUGGGGGAGGGGGAUACGCUGCAGCCCCUCCCAUCUGCCCAGUGCAUCCUGCCCUGUUUGUCAGGCUGACUAUUUGUUUGGUUUCCAUAGGGAGAGCUGUGCUGAGCCACCUGGGGAGGCGGGGGGGCUGCAGGUGGACUUGGGGAGGGGGCUGACAGCUGCUGACUCAGGUAACAUAGUGAGGACCCAUGCGUUGCUCCUCGUUAUCACUAUUUUCUCUUGUCCUCCCUCCGGCGUGUGCUGGAGCUUUGUGCCCAGUGGCCGUGGAGUUUGGACUGGGUGCUGGCGGGUGCAGGGUCAGUGGGUGCUCAGCCAAGGUGCACGUGGCCGGCUGUGUGCUGGGAAGGGGUGAGUGUUUGCCUUGACCCAAGCAAAGCCAUGCAGAACUUCAAGGAGUGCUCAGUCAACCAGAAUGGGUUGUUCCCAAAUGGGAAGUGUUGAGUCGGUGCCCUUCUUCACCUGCCCUGGGCGUCUGCAUGGCAAUUCCUGGUGCUGUUGUGCAGGGUGUGUUGGCACUGAGGCAUGCCAUGUGCAUGGGUGUGUGCUGCAGCACUUUGCUUUGUUCACAGCACUGUGGAUGGGUUCCCUGGUGCUGUCACUGUACCCCAGCACAUGCCCCCCGCCCUGCUCAGCAGCCUGGGUGAAUGCAGCUCCUAUUGCAGUGGGCAGCACUGGAUGACGCUCUUCCCCUUCCUCUUUUUCCUUGCAGGGACAAAUUCUGUGUUGCUUUCCUUUCGUCGUCUGUGAGCAGCUGCUUCCCAUGCAAAGUGUGUGUGGAGCAGGUGUGUAGCUCCCGUGGUGGGUGCAGAGUGUGAGACCCCCAUGCUGGGAGGGGGCUUUGUUGCAGCUCCUGCAGCCUGUGCACUGCACAGCACCCACUGCUGCCCUGGGGGUUCCUCAGCCCUGCAAUGCUGUAGUUAUGUGAGUUCCAAACAAGUUUGGGAAACAAAGCCUCAGUGCUGCAAUGGAAUGAGUGCACCCAGUGCUCUGCUUUGCGCCCAGUGCUGCGGUGCAGCGCUGCUGCUUUAGGGAGCUGGGUUCUGAGAUGGGUGCCAGCAGGUGGCAAUGUGACCAGAGGCAUUGCAGGGCAAGGACGAACGCUGGGUGCUGCGGCCAUCCUUGCCUCAGCACAUGGGCAGGAGCCCAUCUGGCUUCCGCACUAAGCACACCCAAAGGAGCUUGGGGGUCAUUGCAGGCUGGCUGAGCAACAUGGGGCUGUGCUGAGCUGUGCCUGUGGCUGUGCUGAGCGCUGUGCACACAGAGGCUGUGCCCAGGGACAGACGUGCUGUGACCCACCGGAGCCCCUGUGCCCAUCCCUUGUCCCACGCUUGCCCCAUGCCCCUUGAUCCCGUUGGGACGUGGUGCUCUGGUGCCGGCCCGGUGCCCUCUGCCCGCCCCCACGUCCACCCAGCUGCAAGUUUCGCUUCUGCAUCUCCAGCACUGAAGGGGGAACUUGGCCAGCGAGAGCGAAACUCAGCGGCUGCAACGGUUGCACCCGCACGCAGCCCCCGUCAGCCCUCCGUGUGCCCUGGGGCCUCAGGGGACCUGCAGCUCCUACUGCCCCCUGUGCCCUCCUGGCUUUUCCCUUCCCACUCCUGGAAUGAAAAGCCCAAGUGGUAACAAACUCAUUGAACAUAAUUAAGUUUCCAGUGGUGGCUUGAGCAGGGACGCACCUGAGGAGGCUCUGUGUUUUGUGGGUAGAUGGUCUGGGGCUGGCUAUGUUAGCCCUGGAGAGGGGUGGUGAGCGGGCUCAGCCCAGGGGGAAGUUUGGGUUUGGAGCCCAAAUGUUUUGUGGCCCCAGACCCGUUGCUAGAGGAAACGUGGAAAGGGGAAGGAGGGAUUGUGGUUGGGCAGCUCUUCCCCUCUGCAAUCUGAGCCUCCGUCUUGGCCCGUCCACCUCCCCUUGGCAUGGACUGUGCCCCCCAAUUGCUCAGUGUCCCCACGUUGGCAUGGGCUGGUGGUGACCCUGCAGAUCGUGGUGGCCCUGGGGACACAGUGCCAUGCACAGAGCUCCCUGCAGCUGGGCUUUGCCGUUGUGGUGCUAGUAAGGUAAGCGCAUCUCUGCCACUAAUUGGCCCCUGAUUGAUCUAAUGAGGUGGCCGAUCGUCUCACAGCCUGCAGUGCUACAGUGAAGCUCUGGAGGUUUGAGGAGGGCACACAAACUUUGUGCCAUGGGGCUGUGCUGCCCACAUGGAGCGAAACCGCAGCUCUGGCUUCCGAACAGGAACAGAUUUUCUUGUCUGCUCAGCGUUUCUGGGUGAGCACCGGACAAAAAGAUUGCUUUCUCUCUCUCCCCCUUUUCCUUCCCCUUGUUGUUUUGGUGUGUUCUUUUUUUUUUUUUUCACUUUGAUUUGCUCCACAAGGAGGUGAUGUCAGCUGCUUUAAAUAAACAGCUGCUGGUGUUAUCUCUGCCUAUGGCAUGCUCUGUGUGCACGGUGGCUUUUCUGCACCGGUCCAGGCUUAGCUGGGCAGUGCAUGGCUGAAUGCUUGGCUGCUGCUGCACGCUUAGGGUGAGAGCCCUGCCCAUGCAUUCACACAUCCUCCACCCUGCUCCCAUGUGAGCAGUGACACAGCUUGGCGAUGCCCUGCAAGCAGGGGGAGGCUCUGCACGGACACAGGUUUCUGAUGGCUCAGCCCCACUGGACUCGCCGGAGGGUGCCAUGAACUGAGCGCCCAGCUCCUUUUUGUUUGGUUUCCCUUGGUUCUUCAUCGCUCCCUCUCCCUCCCCCCACACAUUUUUCAUGAGAACAUUUUAAAAGGGGGUUCCUCUCGCACUCCCCUGAGUGACGCUGUGCUGCUGCGGUGAGGAUCUCCUGAGAAGAUGGGGAGGAAAAAGAUCCAGAUCCAGCGGAUCACAGAUGAGCGGAACCGGCAGGUGACCUUCACCAAGCGCAAGUUCGGCUUGAUGAAGAAAGCCUAUGAGCUGAGCGUGUUGUGCGACUGCGAGAUUGCCCUGAUCAUUUUCAACCACUCCAACAAGCUGUUCCAGUAUGCCAGCACCGACAUGGACAAGGUGCUGCUCAAGUACACUGAGUACAAUGAGCCCCAUGAGAGCCGGACCAAUGCGGACAUCAUUGAGACGUUAAGAAAGAAAGGUUUUAAUGGCUGUGACAGCCCGGAGCCCGACGGAGAUGACUCGAUAGACCAGAGCCCCUUGAUGGAGGAUAAAUACCGUAAAGGCGAGGAUCUGGAUAUCCUGUUCAAGCGAUACGGUUCUGCAGUGCCCACGCCAAACUUUGCCAUGCCAGUGACGGUUCCUGUGACCAACCAGAACACGCUGCAGUUCAGCAGCCCGGGCAGCUCGUUGGUGACCCAAUCCCUGGUGACCUCAUCGCUGACUGACCCCCGGCUCCUCUCACCACAGCAGCCAGCACUGCAGAGGAACACCGUGUCCCCAGGGUUGCCGCAGCGGCCAGCCAGCGCAGGGGCGAUGCUUGGGGGUGACCUAAACAACACCAACGGAGCUUGCCCAAGUCCUGUGGGCAAUGGCUACGUGAGUGCUCGUGCCUCCCCUGGUCUCCUUCCUGUCUCCAACGGCAGCACUUUGGGCAAGAUCAUCCCAGCCAAGUCCCCUCCACCACCACCCCACAGCACGCAGCUCGCCACCAACAGCCGCAAGCCGGACCUGCGCGUCAUCACCUCGCAGAGCGGCAAAGGGCUGAUGCACCACCUGACGGAGGAUCACUUGGCUCUGCAGAACACACAGCGGUUAGGUGUCUCCCAAGCGACUCACUCUCUAACCACGCCGGUUGUUUCUGUGGCCACCCCGAGCCUGCUGACACAGGGGCUGCCAUUCUCUGCCAUGCCGACUGCAUACAACACAGAUUAUCAGCUGACAAGUGCUGAGUUAUCUUCACUGCCAGCAUUCAGCUCACCUGGUGGGUUGUCCCUUGGCAACAUCUCUGCCUGGCAGCAGCAGCAGCAGCAACAACAGCAACAGCAGCAGCAGCAGCAGCAACAACAGCAACAGCAGCAGCAACAACAACAACAGCAGCAGCAGCAGCAGCAGCACCUGGUUCCUGUAUCACUAGGAAAUUUAAUACAAGGAAGCCACUUGUCACAUACCACCACUUUGACUGUCAACACCAACCCCAACAUCAGCAUCAAGUCGGAGCCUGUCUCACCCAACCGGGAGCGAAACACUGCCACCCCACUCAGCACCUUCCCCCACCAGCCCCGCCACGAGCCCACCGGCCGCUCGCCUGUCGACAGCCUCAGCAGCAACACCAGCUCCUACGAGGGCAGUGAGCGAGAUGAUCCCACUCGCACCGACUUCAGCUCCUCCCUGGGGCUGCUGCGCCCUGGUGGUGAGGCCGAGGGGGAGAGCCCUUCAGUGAAACGCAUGCGGUUGGAUACCUGGGUCACAUAACAGGUCCCCAUCAUCCCCGAGAGUGCCGCUGGCUUACAGCGGGGAGGGGAGGGAGGGAGGAUUCUGGGGACAAAACGGGUUUUAGGGGUUGGGGUGGGGAGAUUAUCAUAAACUGCCUGAGAAAUAGCUUUAGGAUUUUGUAGGCAUUCAUUCUAGCACAACGGGCGAUGCACGCAGUUCGUACAGCUGGGAGCUGUGAGUUCCAGGGUGGAUGGCAUGGAAGUCAAAGGGAGAGGGAUUGGAGCUGGGGGCUGUGGGGCUGCGCUGGAGUAGCGAUGCAGGCGCUGAGCAUCCCUAAGGGCUACCCUACAGCCUGGGCAGGAGGGGAUGGUUCAGUCCCAUGGAACAAGGCUGUGUGCUGCAGCAUUGCUUGGAGGUGUGGGAGGAACGUGAGACAGGUUUAAGGCUUGAUCGUUGCUGUUUGGGUGAGAGGUGGUUGUGGACAUCAUCAUCCUUCCCUGCAGAGAAGGGGGCACCACUGCUACUGGCCACAGUCAUCCAAAACCUGCAGCCACCUCUGCUGAGGUCCCCCUGAGUCCUGCAGGGUGCUUGGCUGUGGCAGGGCUGCUUUGGGAGAAACGGUCAUUUUACCAAAAAAAAUGUUCAAGUGUGUUUAAAAUGCAUUCCCUGUUCUGUAUGGGUCAAAGCUUUAAGUUAGAAGCUAGGAGUAAAUCGCUGUUAUUUAGGGAUUGCCACUGAAAUAACAUCCUUAGGGAUUUUGCCUGAAAGCCUCGGAAGGAGUGAGCUGAACUGUGUAGGAUCUCUGCAGCAGCCUCAGCCACCUGGUUCAGUGGAAGGAAAAAGGGCACGAGGGAAGCAGGGGAAGUUCUGGAGCUGUUUUGUGGUGCCGUUUCUGCCCCUGUCUCUGCUCAGGACUGUGAGGACAGUCCUCUGGCCACACCAUUCCUCUCCACUGAAGCUUGUGGUUGCAGAAUGGCACAGAACCUGCCCCAACACCUAAACUCAUCCUGCUUCAGGGCCACAGGAGGUCCCUGGAGGAUGGGGGCUAUGCAUCUGUCUCCUCCCAGAGAUUUCGGCAGAAUUAGGGGGGUUCCAGCCCAACCUGUUGCAGUGGGGCAGAUUGUAAUGAAAUGAAUGUGGGCAAGUUAAGGCGAGCAGUCAGAGGAAGGCCUCCAAAAAUUCAGAUGGGAGUGAAUGGUGAUGGCUGUGGAGAGGCAGCACAGAGCCAACGCAGCCCCACAUCCCUGUGCAGAGCUGAAAGAGGUGUGCUGGCGGUGAUCUCCUGCUGAAGUCCUUUGAAAAGUCCCAUUUGCCACCAUUUAUCUAAAGGCUGAUUUAAUUCUGAAUGCAAAAUGUUGGCGUUCCAUUCCUAUUGCAGCAUGCGGGGGGACCCAUGUGGGCAGAUUCUGUGCCGUGUACCCCAAUCCUUCUCUCUCCAUCUCAAACCCUGCACGGUGUGCACCAGGCUUCUUGUCCACACCGAGGUGACGUGGAUCUGUCCCCACGUCCCAGCUCCGUCCCUCUGUCCCAGCUCUGUCCCUGUGUCCAUCCAGGAAGCAGCCACACCACCAGCACCCAGCGGCCCUGCGUGCAUUGGACCCACACGGCAGCUCUUUGCACGGCCUCGCUUUGGAAAUUAGGUGGGAUUGACGAUGUCUCAUCGCUCUCAUUUUCUUUUCUUUUUCCUGACCGUCCUGCAAGAAAAAUAACGCCGCAACCAAACGUUUUCCAGCCCCGCAAAGGUGUGGGAGGGCAGCAGCGCGGCGCUUGGAGGGCGAUGGAACAUUUCUGCUCAUUGACUUCAUGCCCUGACUUCACAUCUCAGAGAGCCAGAAAAAAAGGAAAAAAAUACAAAAACAAACAAACAAACAAAAAAAAAACAACCAUAAAGCAUCACUGCUUUCAGCCAUGCGGAGUUGGGCUGCUUGGUGUGCACCAAUCCAUGCCAUGCUGCACCAAGCCGUGCCAAACCGGAGCGCAUCCGCAGCAGCGCAGUGCCAGGACUCCACAGUUCAACAUUGACACAUUGGGUUGGCACAUUGGGAUUCUCUCCAUCCCAUCAUGAGCUCGGGGUGUCAUCAUUAUGCCCAGGUCAUUAAUUCCCCAUAAGAGUCCAAGAAACUCCUCCUAAUUUUCAAAAGACAACGAGAAACGACAAUCUUAAGAAACCAACACCCUCCUUCGUGCUUCUAUAAAUCCGUUCGGAUCUUUGCGGUUUUUUUUCUCGUGCUCAUCUGUACUGUUGACAGUUACAAUUGUGUAUAAUUUUUUUUUUUUUUUUUAAUUUGGAAUUUUUGCGUUGUAUAGGGUUUAGUUUGAAUAUAUAUAUAUAUAUUUUCCCAUUUUUUUUAAAAAGGGGUGUUGCAAAAAACAAAAAAAUACAAAAAAAAUUGCACGGUUGAAAUGACAAUAGUUAAAAUGCUGCAGUUUUUAGAGAUGUGGAAGCAAAACGGAGCUUAUUUAUUCUCAAAGGCUAUAAAAUGCAUGAAGAAAAAACAUUUACAAAAAAAAAAAAACUGAGCAAAGCAUAGCGUUACGAAUUGAGGAUGGUGACGACGAUGGCGACAAAAAAAAAAUACAAAAAAAAAAACAAAAACAAACAAACAAAAAAACCAACCAGCUAAUAUAUUGUGUUUGGGCUAUAGUUUGCUUUUGUUUUUAAUGGUUCCUUUUUUUUUUUUUUUUUUUUUUUGAGAAUGAAAUACAAUUGUGUAUAUUUUCCUAUGAGAAGUACGCACUGAUAUGUUUCAGAAAUGCUAUCGUUGCUUUACUGAAAGCGUGGUUGCUUCACCAAAGCCUGGUUCUGAUCUGUACCCCCAUAUCCCCCCCAUAUCCCCCUCCCUCCCUCCCUACCCCCCCCCCGCUGACCCCACGUUCCCCCCCCAUGUGCUCCCAUGGCACAGUGGAAUAUGGGUGGGGGGCACUGGGGGUGUGGGGUGGCGGGCAGCCCUUGGUUGGGCACUGUGUGCUGUGAGGAGCAGCAUUGCUCUGCUCUCAGCCCCAUAGAGGGGGGAUGCUGUCCAUGUGCCCCCCUGGGACCUCCAGCACUGGGGAGGAUGCUGAGUGCAGGAGGAUGGAGGUGAGGAGGUGGGAGGGGAAUGCUUUCUCCCCCCUUUUUGCUCCUCCUUCUCAUGAAGCUCCCUGCCAAGCAGGGAUGUGGCCCAGGGCUCUCCAACCCCCAAACUGACAACACCCCAUCACCAUCCACCUCUCCCUAGGGGGCUCUGUGGGCUCCUUUCAACCGAAGGUUUCCUCAUGUUCCUCUUUCCCAUCUUUACACCCCAUUCCCUCUUUCCUCCCUUUUCCCCACCUCGCUGUUUCACUUCAUUCUUUUUGGACACAGACCCAAACACAAGCGUUGCGUUCUCACUACCUCCGUCCCCGUCCCACAAACCAGAAGCCAUGCUGGGUCAGGAGGGCCCUCUCCUGCUGUGCUUUCCUUUCCCCUUCCCCUCUCUGAUCUCCCUGGUAGUAUUUUACCCCUGGCUACUGUAUCUGUAAAUAGCGAGCUUCACUAUGUCAGCAAUGCUAACAGUACAGAAAACUGUUUUUUGGGGGUUUCUUUUUUGUUGUUGUUGUAUUGAUAUGAAAUGAGAUUCUAUUUUUGUCAGAGUAUAUUGUAAUAAUACUGACCUUGGGCAUGGCC